AUGUCCCUCUACAGUAUAUUUCGAGCCUUGGAGUUGUCGAAGGCCAAGAGACACAUCUGCACCUUUCAGUUGACGAACGAUCGUCCAUCAUGCAAAGAGCGCUCGAAGAUCCAUCUACGGAGCGUGUGCCUGGUGGUUCAGCGCUCAACACUGCCCGGGUCGUCCAGGCUUUCAUGCCAUCGAAAACGACGCUAUUUAUCGGGGCUCUUGGCGACGAUUCCAACGGAGACUUUCUCCGCUCCUGUUGCAGUGCCGCCGGUGUCGAUAUGA